AUGGCCAGCCAAGACUACUACAACCAGGGUGGCAACUACAACCAGAACUACGGCCCUCCCCAAGGAGGAUACCCUCAGCAGCCUCAGCCUUCCUACGGCCCUCCUCAAGGAGGUUACCCGCAACAGCAUGGCGGCGGCGGCUACUAUCCCCAAGGUGGCCAGCCCCCGAUGCAGUAUCAGCAGCAACCUCCCAUGCAGGCACCUAAGCAGAAGAAGCAGGGCGGCGGCAACUGCCUGACGGCUUGCCUCGCCGCUCUGUGCUGUUGUUGCGUCAUUGACGAGACAUGCGAAUGCUGCGCCGAAUGUUGCGAAUGCUGCUUCGAAAUCUGCUAA